UCAUAAUUGAUUCUUGAUCAAAUAUGAGUAGAACUCACAAAAAGAACACUAGGACAGCAUGCUAAUAUGGGUAGGCCGGGCAAUAGUAAGCUAAUAUUGGGUAUCUCCUAGACUUUUCAAUCCUUGGAGUUAAGACUUGGAUCAGCUUUUCCAUCUGACCGGGUCUGAGUUAGCCAUGUUGUGGCCUUAGAAAAAAUCUCGGUGUCAUUUUCUAAUUUUUCUUGCCAAACAAAUGCAAAUAAAAUCACCACAAAACGUCAAAUCUUGCUUUGCUGUCAAUCUGAGACGUUUUCCAUCGUAGUUGUCGCCUCUCCUGUCAAACCUUAGGUGGAUUCCUCUACUUCCCCCCCCCCAACCCUAUCUUGAUGGAUUUCAACCUUGUUUCUGAAAAAGAAGAAGAACAAACCCUUGUUGAAGGAGCCUCUAUGGAAAACAGCGAGAAUCCAGAGCCAAACCAAGGUGAAACUCAUGAAUCUGGCAAUAACAAACUAGAUCUAUGCAUCCAUCUGGUGGCCAAUGAUUCAAAUUGUGCAGACGCUGUGAUGACAACUGAGUCAGCAACACAAAUUAUCGUCUGGUCUCCACCAUCACGGCAGCUGAAGAGGGGACCAGAUCUGGAGGCAGUUUCUGCUACAUUGGCAGAGAGACCAGAAUGGUUGCCGGAGGGUUGGCUUGUUGACACUAAGACUCCGUCCUCUGAAGUCACUGCUGGAUUAGAAGAUAGGUAUUAUGUUGAACCAGUCUCAGGGCGUCGUUUCCGCUCAAAAAAAGAGGUGUUUUACUUCCUGGAAACAGGAAACAUGCCCUCCAAGGGGAAGCCGAAUCCUAAUGCUGAUGUUGCGCCUUCCGGGAGCGCUGGGGGCCCAAGUAAAAGGCAGUCUGGUUCAAGGGCAAACGCUUUUGAUUUUGAUUUUGAUGCUGAUAAUCCACCAGAAAAAGUCUUGUGGGAUUUGACUAAUGAUUCUGAGAAUAUAUGGACGCUUGUUGUCGAUGAUAAAACAGUUCCUGAAUCAACUAAGCAAGAGUGGGCUGCUGUAUUUUCGCAUGUCUCACAGCUCGAAAAGAACAGUGGCACCUCAAGUGGAAGGUGUGUCCGUCCGAAGCCUUCAAAUUCAGGGGCAUAA